AUAAAGUAGUUGGUGAUACUCAAGAUAAGUUAUCUCUAUUUAUUUUAUAAUAUGGGCUGACAUUUUUCUUCAUCGUCUAACUACUUUUUAACCUGAAUAGUCCAGAUCAUUUUCUAAUUACCAAUAAUCGAUAUUUAAAUGGCUGAAAUAGGAAAUACUGUACAAUGACUCAGACCUGCAUACAGUCUUUUUUUUUAAACCACUACCGCUCCGAAACGUUGUAAAGCAACGGGCUUGACAUUUUUUUCACUUUCUGUUGUUCAUUAUCUUUUUCAACCACUUUUUCUAUUUUAAAUCAUAUAUAGAUCCAUAUUUUAUAGUUACCAAAGUUUAACCUAUCGAAUAUGAGUAAAACUCCAGUUCCAACUGAAUACGAUGAUACCAGAAUCUUAGGUUACGAUCCUUUAAUUCCCCCUGCCUUAUUACAACAUGAAAUCAAAGCUUCAUCUAAAGCUUUAGAAGUGGUUAUAAAAGGUCGUUAUGAAUCUUCUCAAAUUCUUAAAGGUAAAGAUGAUCGUUGUUUAGUCAUCGUUGGUCCAUGUUCUAUCCAUGAUCCUGCUUUAGCUUUGGAUUAUGCUAAACGUUUAAAGGCUUUAGCUGAAGAAUUAGAAGAUGAUUUACUUAUAGUUAUGAGAGCUUAUUUGGAAAAACCAAGAACUACCGUUGGUUGGAAAGGUUUAGUUAAUGAUCCAGAUGUUGAUAAUUCUUUUGAUAUUAAUAGAGGGUUAAGAAUUUCUCGUCAAUUAUAUGCUGAUUUAACCGGUGUUAUCGGUUUACCAAUCGGUUCCGAAAUGUUAGAUACUAUUUCUCCUCAAUAUUUUUCUGAUUUCUUAAGUUUUGGUGCUAUUGGUGCUAGAACUACUGAAUCUCAAUUGCAUAGAGAAUUAGCUUCUGGUUUAUCUUUCCCAAUCGGUUUCAAAAAUGGUACUGAUGGUGGUUUAGGUGUUGCUUUAGAUGCUGUUCAAGCUUCUUCAAAAGGUCAUCAUUUCAUGGGUGUUACUAAAAAUGGUAUGGCUGCUAUUACUACAACCAAAGGUAAUGAUAAUGGUUUCAUAAUCUUAAGAGGAGGUAAAAAAAUAACUAAUUAUGAUGCUGAAUCUGUUGCUGCUGCAAAGGAAGCUAUUGCCAAAUCAACUGAUCCAAGUAUAAAAUUAAUGGUUGAUUGUUCUCAUGAUAAUUCAAGAAAAGAUUACAGAAAUCAACCAAUUGUUCUUGAUUCUGUGGUUGAACAAAUAACUAAUGGUGAAGAUACUCUUAUUGGUGUUAUGAUUGAAUCUCAUAUUAAUGAAGGUAAACAAAGUAUGCCACCAGCUGGUUCCGGUAAAGAAGUUCUUAAAUAUGGUGUUUCUAUUACUGAUGGUUGUGUUUCUUGGGAAUCAACCGUUGAAAUGUUAACUAAAUUAAGUAAAGCUGUUCAAUCUAGAAGAGCUUUAAAACAAAAAAAAGAUUAGAAGUUUCGUUUUAAAAAAAUUGCCAAAAAAGCUUUAUCCCUAAAUUUUAAAAUUUCUUGUAUAAAAAUUAUUCUAAAAAAUAACAUAAUCUAUGUAUUAAUGUAACUUAUUCUGUAGUACAUAUCCAAGGUAAAUCUAUUAAUAAUUGGCGAACUUCCUCGUUUGAAAUAUCUAUAUCUUCUUGUUGAAGUAUGGUUAAGAAUUUGGUUAACUGUGGAUUACUUUGAGCAU